AUGACGUUCAGCUUAGUACUUCUGGCGAAGGAUCUUAGUAUUCGAUGGAGGCACCUGCCAACUUUUCUAUGCGGCUCCCUAGACUGGCCAAACUUAAAACUUUCUUUCAACAUAUCGUCCAAAGGGGGUAUCAUGCGGACGGUCUUUCUUCGCCGGUCAAGGAAAGCGGUCGCUUUGGGUGGUCUCUGUGUGUUUAUAGUUGUGUUUUAUUUCCUCCAAAGUUACCACUCACCCGAUCUGAUCAGUCCUCCCUCCAUUGUUGUUGAUGGGGUGGAUUCUCCUGCCGAAAAUCAUGUUAAACAUCCUCCAAACCUUGUUGAAUUGCACCGGGGUCCUCAUCAGCCCGCUGCGGUACAGAAACACCUUGAAAAUAUUCAUGUUGAUGGCCCAGUUCUGGACGCCCUUCCCGAUAAUGCACAGGUUGCUCAGGACGCCCUUGACGCUAUUCACGAAGCUGCUGCUGAAGAUGAAAAGCAGCAAGCCGCCAAUCUUGCCCCACCUGAUGGUCCAUUUAUGAAUCCACCACAUCAGAAUCAACGUUUUGAAGCUGAUAAGGAAUUGGUUCAGGAUUCUGUUGAUGAUGAAGGAAUUCCCUUCCAUUUAACCCCAAGGAGGCCUCCAGAAAAGUCUACUGUCUACUCAAAAGGCCCCGGCGAAGGUGGCAAAGCAGUUGUGAUAAAAAAGGAAGGGCUCCCUCCGGCAGAACGGGAGAAAUAUGAUGAGGGAGAGAAGAAUAACGCUUUCAAUGAGUACGCCAGCAAUAUGAUUAGCGUUCGGCGCUACCUUCCCGACAUGCGGGAAUCUCAAUGUCUCGAUUUCAAGUACAAUCGACAUCACGAUCCGGCUUCCAUCAUUAUCUGCUUUCACAACGAAGCUUGGAGUGUUCUCCUGCGCUCCGUCCAUUCCAUCUUCGACCGAUCGAAGGAGGAACUUGUCAAGGAGGUCAUUUUGGUUGAUGAUGCCUCUACAAUGGAUCACUUAAAGAAGCCGUUAGAGGUGUACAUGGCUGGUCUGGAGAAGGUGAGAAUUAUCCGGGCGGUGGAGCGUCAAGGUCUGAUUCGAGCACGAAUGCUCGGCGCUAAAGCUGCUACCGGCAAGAUCCUCGUCUUCCUCGACUCUCACAUAGAAUGUACCACUGGCUGGUUAGAGCCCCUGUUGGACAGGAUAGCGGAGAACCGUACAAAUGUGGUGGUUCCAGUAAUAGACGUUAUCAGCUCUGAGACGCUACAGUACAACCACGCUCCAUCAAGGAGCAUUCAGGUGGGUGGCUUUGACUGGAGCCUCAUCUUUCGUUGGCAUCCCAUCCCGCCUCGCGACGCCAAUCGACCUGGGGCUCCAAACUCACCCGUCCGAACUCCCACCAUGGCUGGUGGUUUGUUUGCCAUUUCCGCGGCCUUCUUCGAGAGGCUGGGCUGGUACGAUCCGGGCUACGAAGUCUGGGGAGCGGAGAAUCUUGAGCUGUCCUUCAAGACAUGGAUGUGCGGGGGGCAGUUGGAGACGAUACCCUGCAGUCAUGUGGGGCAUAUCUUUCGCACUCGUUCGCCCUACUCUUGGAAGGUGAAGCAAGCCAAUCCUCUGAAGCACAACCUCCUGCGUCUUGCCGAGGUUGUACUCGGGGACGAUUUUAAGCAGUAUUACUUCAGUCGUGUCAACUAUCGAGAGACUGAGAUGGGCGAUGUCUCCGAUCGGAAGAAGAUACUGAAGGAUUUAAACUGCAAGUCUUUCAAGUGGUUCAUCGACAACAUUUACCCCGAAUUGUUUAUUCCGGGUGAUUCAAUUGCAUCCGGUGAGGUGAGUCCUCAAACUGUUCUUGAUUGUUUAGGGUAUACGAUUCGGAACGUCCUUACCCAGCACUGUAUGGACGCACCAACGCAUGAGAAGAAGGCAAAAAUCAAAUUGGUUGGCUACCCUUGCCAUAACCAAGGUGGCAAUCAGUUCUGGUUAUUGAGUAAAACAAAUGAAAUUAGGCGCGAUGACUAUUGCCUGGAUUCUGGGUUCGAGCCGCCAUACAUCACUGUCAGCAACUGUCACUCACAAGGGGGCAACCAACGCUUUGAGUACACUGAUGCUGAUGAGAUGAAACAGGGCGGGCUCUGCAUGACUAUCAGCAGUGACGGAAAGUCAAUAACCAUGGAGAAGUGUAACGGAUCGGACAGACAAAAGUGGGCGAUGAACCGAAAGCCCUUUGUACCGGGCAAGAAGGCGGAACGAUAG